AUGAAUCAAAAGGUGGCGCGUUUCAAUGGGUGUUAUAAACGAGUACAACAAGCACAUCACAGUGGUUGUUCUGGUAAGCAAAUUCUUGAGAAUGCACAUCAAUUGUACAAAUCUGAAAAUAACAACUCAAAUUUUUUGCUUAUAGACUGUUGGAGAUUGCUAAAGGAUGAGCUGAAAUGGAAUACAAUGUACCAACCAAAAGGUGGUAAGAGAACAAAGGUGUCAGAAUCAGGGGCAUAUACUUCAUCUUCUAAUUUAGACAUCAGUGAUGAUGAAGUGCGUGACGUGCGCCCUACUGGCCAAAAGAAUAUCAAUUUUCGAAGAAGAUUUAGAAUGCGUAGACACGUAUUCCUAUGCAUAGUGCAAGUUCUAGAAAAUCAUUCGGAGUAUUUCCAGAUAAGGUUUGAUGCAGUCGGUAGAAGGGGGCUUUCGCCAUUACAGAAGUGCAUCGUUUCUAUGCGAAUGUUGGCAUAUGGAGGAGCGCUUGUCAAUUACGUUGAUGAGUAUGUUCAAAUUGGUGAAACCACUGCUAUUAAAUGCCUAGUCAAUUUCUUUCGGGGAGUGAAUGAGAUUUUUGGAACUGAAUAUUUGAGACGACCUAAUGUCGGGGACAUUCGUCACUUACUUCAAAUGGGGGAGGUGAGUGGUUUUCCAGGCAUGUUGGGAAGCAUUGAUUGUAUGCACUAG